AUGUCAGAACUCAUUCCAAGCACCACACCCAUUCGAGCUUUUGAAGAUCAUGAGGACGCCGUAAGGGCAGUCGCAGUGUUCCCUGAUAAACGACGAAUGAUUACGGGUUCGGACGACAAUACACUUCGUCUUUGGGACUUGGAGACAGGUGUUGUGUUGAAGAAGAUGGAAGGGCAUGGCAGUGCGGUGUGGACAUUGACGAGAUCGCAAAAUGGUAAAAUAAUAGCAAGCGCUGAUUGGAAGGGAGAGGUCAUCGCCUGGCACGGUGAAACUGGAGAAUCCAUCACCCAACCCAUCAAAGCCCACUCAAAUCAGAUCACCUCGGUGGAUUUUGCUCCAGAUGGUAUGGUGCUGGCAACUGGUUCAUGGGACUACACGGUGAAGUUUUGGUGUACCAAAACGUGGCAGAUGCAAGGAGAACCAAUCGAGUGUGGUCAUAUUGUCCUCUGCGUUCGAUAUUCGCCUUCUGGUGAACUGCUUGCCAUCGCGACAGACCAAAAUAUCCAAAUUUAUAAUCCAGACACAAGGGAAUGCAUCGCAUAUUGCACAGGCCACACAACAAUAUGGAGGACUCGGAUGUCACUCGCGUGGACGCCCGAUGGCAAACGUCUUCUUUCAGGAGGAGGUGAUUACAUAUUGGAGUGGGACACAUCAACCUGGCAGCAGAUUGGUCAUCGCUGGGAAGGCCACACUAACACCAUCAACGCCAUUGCCAUUCAUCCCGCUGGCACCCUCGUCGCUUCUGCAUCUCGUGACAAGCAUGUCCAUCUCUGGCGGCUCUCAGAUCGGCGAACCAUCGCCGUCUUCCAGCAUUCAUCUUACGCGGAAGGUAUCACGUUCUCUGUGGACGGCAACCACAUCCUCAGCGGAGGUCAUGAUAACAAGAUCUCAGAAUGGGCAAUCCUUGACAUCACAACAGCCCGCGAUGCAUGUCUAACUGGGGAUUUGUCUCUCGCUGAAGAGCUCCUCACCCAAGAGAUCCACGCCAACGCCAACGACUUUACUUCAUAUGCCAAUCGUUCCUUCGUCAUGGCCCGGAAGCACAACUGGGACAACGCCCUUGAGGAUGCAAUCAAGUCACUCAACAUUAGACCAUCGUUGAUUGGCUUUAUCUCCAAAGGCAUCGCCUUAUGCGGAAAAGGUCACGUUUGGGAAGCAAGGGUAGCAUUCGACGUCGCAUCCAUGUUCACCAACCAAAACUCAGAAACCAACCAAUUUCUUCUCUUGAUCAAGGCCAUCGCACUCUUCAACGCAGAUCAACACGAGGAAGCAAUGCUGCUCAUAAAAGACCUGGAUGCCGCUUGUCCGAAUGUCGACCCUCUCGCGCGUCGUGUUGUGGAAACAUAUCUAUGUGUUCAACUCGGAAUCAAAGCUUUCGAUAGCGCGUGUCACGACGAAGCUGCUGAUCACUUCACUGCCGCUGUUAACUCAGAAGCUUUCUCAUCGAAAUACAUUCAUGUUCCAUACCAGGACUUGACCGUGCUGUUUGGCUGGGAUCUUAAGUACUUGUUGCUUACGACACACCAGCAACGGUGCCAGACUUUCCUUUCGGCAGGUAAACACGAUGAAGCACUCGAAGCACACAAAUACAUGAUGGACGCCAUCGAUGAGAUUGCGCAGGCCAGCUGCCUCGAUUGGUCCAAUGGCGAGUUUCACGUGCUCUGUGCUGCCAACGGAAAUGCCGCCCUCGCUGCCAGCGAUUAUGACAGAGCUAUUGACAUAUACUCGGCAGUAAUCGACUCAAACUCUGCAUCUCAUGUUGUCUUUGCAAAUCGUAGCAAAGCAAAGCUGGGCAAAAUGCUAUGGAUGGACGCACUUCUCGAUGCGCAGAAGGUAAUCGAACUCGACUCUUUGUCUUAUCUUGGAUACAAUGUGAAGCACGCAGCGCUUCAUGGUGCGGAGCGCUAUGAUGAAGCGAUUGAGACCUUCCAAACGAUGCUCUCGAUGUUGGACAACGCACCUGAUGUUCAGACACGAAACCUGCGCCAGCAGUAUCUCAGACCUUCCGAAGUAGAACGCGCCAUUCGACGAGUCAUCGAUGCCCAACUCGACAACGCUCCGCUCCGUGUGCUCCACACCACCACAGGUCUCUUAUGCGAUCGAGAGACGCAGAUGGACGCAUUCAAAAUGAGCAUGCUGUAUAAGGAGCUUGUGUCAUCAACAAUCGCGCAUGCAGACAAGCACAUCGAGCACAUCGAAGAAGUGGUCAAGAGAUACCUAAAAUAUGCCAUGUUAUCACAUAGGUGGGAAGGGAAGGAGCCGCUGCUGCACGAUAUCCAGGGCAAGUGCGUGUACGACUCGGAGUUGGAUCAAGUUGGCGGCAUGACGAAGCUGCGGUCCUUCUGCAAAACUGCUCGCGAUGCGGGGUAUAACUGGGCAUGGAGCGAUACGUGCUGUAUCGACAAGAGCAACAAUGUCGAAGUCCAAGAAUCGGUCAACUCCAUGUUCGUAUGGUAUCAUCAUUCCGCGCUCACGAUCGUCUACCUGUCUGAUGUUCCGCCUUCGUCAAAGUCUGACGCACUGGCAACAAGCGCUUGGAACACGCGGGGAUGGACGGUUCAGGAAUUCAUCGCUCCCAAAGAGAUAAAGGGCGCAACGGGAAUAGACCGACCAGCCGUUGCAGUCUUUCGUCCUAGUAUGAAUAGCUCUCGAGAAAAACUGCAUUGGGCUUCGACCCGCAUCACCACACGCCAGGAAGACAUCGCAUACUCGUUGUUUGGCGUCCUUGGGGUCCGCCUGCCUGUAGAUUAUGGUGAGAAGCAGGACAAGGCUCUCGGACGGCUCCUGCAGGAGAUCGUGGCUCGGUCGGGCGACAUUACUGGCCUCGAUUGGGUCGGAGAAUCAUCAGAUUUCAACAGCUGUCUACCAGCCUCCAUCACUUCAUACAAAGCUCCGCCCUGCGAGCUACCACCCUUACCCGAAGAUGACAUUCAGUCAUCGGUUUCUUUGUUACGACAAACGGGGGUUGCCGAUUUCGCUUCAAACUUUUAUACUCGGCUUCAGAACAUGAGCGCCCCUCGCUUCGCGGCACAAAGACUGCAUCUGCCUUGUAUUGCAUUCAAUGUCACGGAAGUUAGACGCCGGGUGGGUAGUCCAACUCCGGAAAGUUAUCUCACGUAUGGGGUGAAGGCAGACGGACUUCACGACUUGCUUAUCACCACCGGAGAGACCCUGGUUAAAUUCUGGCCGGCAAGGCCCAUCGAGCAACUAUUUUUCCUCGUCCGUCCCUGGGAUCGGUCUCUUCUGGAGCUACCUGACUUCACAGAAUUUCCAGAACCGUCUGACUAUGGAGAUGAUACGGAGAGCGAGGAGGAUUAUGGGACGCCGCCUUCUUCUCCGUCGGACUGGUCUAGUGGUUCUCCUGUAAAACAGGGGAUAUCUGACUUAGAAUCACGAGCAUUGCGGUUGCUUGUUCGCCUUGGACAGCCUUUCGGCGCAUUUUUGCUAGCGCAACAGCGCAGUGGAGAAUACAAGAGGAUUGCGACGGAUCAUGAUAUCAUUGGACAAGUCCAAGACGUGGUUUCUGUUGGGGACUUGAUGGACAUCAGGACCAUAGAAAUAUUGUAGUGGUACAU